CCCCAUCGCCUAUCGACGUUGAACUCUCUCCAUGGCCGUGCGCACAUGCACUGCAUCGGGGAAGCGGGUGCGAUAGACAAACCCUCGUCGAACAAAACCAAGACCGUUGUCGUGCCAUGGAUUCGGCCCGCCAUGACCAUCCAGGCGCCAUCUACACAGUAUUGUCGGCAGAGGCGCUCUGUGUAUGUAUGUAUGUAUGUAUGUAUGUAUGUAUGUAUGUAUGUAUGUAUGUGUACAUUAUGCGCUGGAUUAUUAUGUACACAUGUACUCUGUAUAUACACAUGUUACUUACAUACGACCAUGUGCAGUCCCGCAGCACUCGACGCCCAUAUCCUCGGCUGGCAGUAGCUUGACGACAGGUCUCCAAGCGUCAUUCAGGACUGUUACUGUAUGGUUAUGACCGUUAUGGCCGUGCUCCAUUGUCGCCAAUGUUAAUGACGACAUCAUUCCAAUCACCCACACGACCUUGACGCCAAAGACGCACCGCCUCCAUCCCACUACGGCAAUACACA